AUGACAUCGACAUCCAAAGGAAUUUUCCGCCCAUUUUUAAUCACCUGCAUUAUCCUGGGUUGUUUCAUGGCAUGCCUGCUCAUUUACAUCAAGCCCACCAACAGCUGGAUCCUUGGCCCCAUAGAGACAACCAGCUCUGUUCUGAAAAUGAAAAAUUUCUUUUCCAGCAAAACUGAUGAUUUGAAUGAAACCAUCAUAUUGAUUUGGGUAUGGCCUUUUGGGCAGACAUUUGACCUUUCAUCCUGUCAAGCAAUGUUUAACAUCCACGGGUGUCGUCUUACCACCGAUCGAGCCCUUUACAACAAAUCCCAUGCUGUUCUGAUUCAUCAUCGAGACAUCAGUUGGGAUCUCACUAAUUUACCCCAGCAAGCUAGGCCACCAUUCCAGAAAUGGAUUUGGAUGAACUUGGAAUCGCCUACUCACACACCCCAGAAGAGUGGCAUUGAACACCUCUUCAACCUAACUCUGACUUAUCGCCGUGACUCAGAUAUACAAGUGCCUUAUGGCUUCAUGACAGUAAGCACAAACUCCUUUGUGUUUGAAGUGCCAAGCAAGAAGAAGCUGGUGUGCUGGGUUGUCAGUAACUGGAAUCCUGAGCAUGCAAGAGUCAAGUAUUACAGCGAGCUAAGUAAAAGCAUUGAAAUUCAUACCUAUGGACAAGCAUUUGGAGAGUAUGUGAAUGAUAAAAGUUUGAUUCCCACCAUAUCUACUUGUAAAUUUUACCUUUCCUUUGAAAACUCAAUCCACAAAGAUUACAUCACUGAAAAACUCUACAAUGCUUUUCUGGCUGGUACAGUACCUGUUGUGCUAGGUCCAUCGAGGGAAAACUAUGAGAAUUUUAUCCCAGGGGACUCCUUUAUUCAUGUGGAAGAUUACACUUCUGCCAGCGAGCUAGCUAAAUAUCUUAAGGAGCUAGACAAAAACGAUAAGUUAUACCUCAGUUACUUUAACUGGAGGAAAAGCUUCACAGUGAAUCUCCCACGGUUCUGGGAAACACAUGCAUGCUCUGCUUGUGACCAUGUGAAGAGACACCAAGAGUACAAGUCUGUUGGCAAUCUAGAAAAAUGGUUUUGGAAUUGACAUUUGCCAUCUCUUGCACACUUGGUAGAAGAU